UUGCGGUCUCGCAUCACCGCGACGCAGUCCGCAUACCCCGACGCCACUUUCACUGCCGACAUGCAGAUCGAUUGAACUUCACUCACCAUCAACACGACGACCACCUUUUCCUCGCUACUCGGCACACUUUUGCAGCGCAUACGCACGUAAACAACGUCAAACGCGCAUUCUUGGAUUCAUUCGCGAGCAUGUCUUUCAGCUUUGGAAACACUGGAGGAGAGAAGAAGACGGGGACACUGUUCGGAAGUACAACUGCACCAGCUGGAGGACUCUUCGGCGGCUCGCUGCAACAACCACAGCAGUCAAACGCUGCAGCACCCAGCUUGUUCGGCAACAGCACAGCUGCCCCUGCGACUGGCGGUCUUUUUGGAUCAACUCAACAGCAGCCGCAGCAGCAGAAUGCUGGAUCCAGCUUGUUCGGUGGGGCGCUUGGACAGAACCAGCAACAGCAGCAACAACCCCAAGCACAGACUUCCAGUCUUUGGGGGCAGAUGGGACAGGCGCAACCGCAGCAGCAGCAACAACAACAACAACCACAACAGCAGCAGCAGCAAUUCAGCAAUAGCCUAUUUGGAUCUUCACUGCAACCUGCGCCAGGAUUGAACCCUGUUCAGGCGCAGAGCCUCCAGCAGACGCGUGAUGGUCUCCCUCAGCUGCGACAGUCCACAGCCCAACAUUAUGCUGGCGCCUCGAUGAGCGGCCACCGCGAGAAGUCUGUGCAGCAACAGAUUCAAGUGCUGAACGGCAAAUGGGACCCUGAGAAUCCGGAUUGCGUCUUCACGCACUAUUUCUACAACUCGGUCAAGCCGGAAGAAGCGCCUUUCUACGGUCCCCAGCCUGGAGAGGAUGAGAGGAAGUGGGAAGAAGCCCUGUCGAAGAAGCCUGCCCCUGGUGCCAUCCCUGUAUUGGCACGUGGAUUUGAGCAGGUAGCAGAGCGCAUACGCCAGCAGCAGAUGGCUGUUACAGCACUUCGAACGCGUCUCCACGAGAUCAAUAAUGCCCUUUCAGUGCUCAAGGACACCCACGAACUGAACGUUGCAUCGCGCAUUACCGAGGCGAAGCGAAAGCAUGUUGUAUUCACGCAACGGACACUUGCUCUUGCGACAAAGGUGCAGAUCCUGAGGAACAGAGGAUAUGUCAUGGAUACACAAGAAGAGGACUUAAGGAAGAAGCUCGUCGAGCUCGAGAAAAAGACCUUCGACCCUGUGCUCGGCGGUCGACAGGAAGAGAUCUGGGCGCGCAUGUCAGGCGUGCGUGAGAGAGCGCGGAUAUUGCAAGAGGAGACAGAGAAGCUGGGCAAGAAUAUCGAUAGCCAGCAGAAGGGCGAGCUACUCUCAGAGGAAGAUCAGAAGGCGCUGGAGAAGCUCCUGAAAGACUACGACAGACAGCUUGAGCACCUCAAGAAGUGGGUCGACGAUACCAAGCAAGAGUACGACGAGUACGAGAAGGUUCAAGAGCAGAAGCCAGCGCGGCGAUGAACAUAGAGCAUUGGCAUGUAUGAUUUGAAAAGCAUUUAUCGAUCGAUUCGUUGGCGAAAAGUUUGGCUUUGCAGAAUACCACAUUGUGGCUCGACGAGCCUGCAGCAUGAAGUUUAAUGCCACUGCUUGCUCUAUCUCCUUCUUGAUGUUGAUGUGG